AGUGUUUGUUCGCCAAGCUGGCCAGGCAAUUCAUACGGCCUUCUCCCAAGGACCAGCCAUACGCAGGGCUUUGUCUUUGAGUACGAGGCCCCAGACACAAUGGCUGCUGCUACACUCUGCGGCGCUUUCUUUCGAUACACUUCUGAUCCAGGACCCAUCAUCUAUGCCGUCUACGAGUCGUCAUCGUCCGGACUCGCUUCCUUCAUCAAAGUGGUGCCCAACACUGCUGCCACCGUCACUUCGGCUGGCUCGAACAAGUGGAGCGUCGACUUUCCGAUCCGAUGGAGACUCAAUGCCGGCAAGUACUACGCGGUUGUGCUCUCCACGGAUAGCGUUGGCUAUCCGUUUGAAUCGUAUGUCUCGACCUUGCCUGACUCGUAUUGCUCUGGCUGGGCCAUGCGGUUCACCUCGGGUUUGGUCGGCGGAGGGUCGAAUCCGCCGUCGUCGCUCACCAGCCUCUCGCAGAGCUCAUCUGGCGGAACAGUGGUAGUGACGUCGUCUGUCGACGCCGACGCGCGAAUGUCACCCGGCGACACGGCUGUGUACUCGUGCAAUGCGCCGCGGAACCUGGUUGGCGCGCUGACUCGGACGUGUGGCUCGAGUGCAAGCUACGAUUUUGCCGAGCCAACUUGCCCCACCGCCGCCGCCGCCAAGCCCGCCGCCACCAAGCCCACCGCCGCCGCCGCCGAGUCCGCCACCGCCCAGCCCGCCGCCGCCACCAAGCCCGCCGCCGCCAAGCCCACCGCCGCCGCCGCCGAGUCCGCCACCACCACCAAGCCCGCCGCCUCCAAGCCCACCGCCUCCAAGCCCACCGCCGCCGAGUCCGCCACCGCCCAGCCCGCCGCCACCAAGCCCACCGCCUCCAAACCCGCCUCCACCGCCAAGCCCGCCGCCCAGCCCGCCGCCAAUCCGCCUCCGCCACGCGCACCGGGCCCGGUCAUCGUGCAGCUGAGAGCGGCCGAUCCCGACAACAUCGAUGAGGUGCUCUCUUCAGGCGACACGCUGACGCUCGUGUUUGACCGAGCAACGUCGAAGCCCGCUGUGAGCUCGACGGCUCAGCUCGACGCAGCGUUCUCUAUUGCCACGGGCACGCUAGCGCCGACAACGCUCUCGGCCGGACUCUCGAGCUCACUGAGCGGAACGUGGUCAGCUGACGGCACAACGCUGGAAAUAACCAUGGGAGCACCAUCGUCGUUGGGCUACCCGAUUCAGAUUGGGUCGACGUACGUGACACCAACAGGCUCGCCGGCCAUCUACACAGCCAACGGUUGGUCGAUGGCAUCGUCAGCGCCAUCAGAGCGGAUGUCGGGCUCGUGGGGCUCGUUGGCAAGCACGCUGGUGGUGGUCGAAGCGACAACGUCACGGUUGACCCAUCUGGACGGUACUCUGGCGCUGACCAUUGACGACGUAGUCGAAGGCCGCUCGGCCGAGCUCCUUUUCCAACUGACCAAGGAGCCGAGUGCACCAGUCACGGUUGACAUCUGGCUGGAUGCAAGCAGCAAUGUGCCGGCGGAGGCGAGCCGACCGCCGCAUGCAAACAUUGCAUCGACAACCGACGCUGGUGGCGGAGGCGACGGUGUGGUCCGGCUCGUGUUUGACGCCAGUAACUGGAACGUGUUCCAGCGGGUCAUUCUCAGCGGUACUGCUGACCAACUAGCAGACGAGCCGAGUGCUGCGAUCGAGUUGCGGAUUGGAACGCUGCAGUCAGCCGACGCAGCAUUUGCAUCGGCGCUGCCGAGCGGUGCAUCGAUUGUGAGCCGGGUCAUCGACGCGACGGCAAACGGCAUUGUGAUCACGCCGUUUGAGCUCGUCUCACCCAUUCCGGCUGCGGUGCUGGCGGCCGAAGGUCUCCCUGCGUCGGCGCAUGCAGUGGUGACUGAAGCCGGGCACGCAAGCUGUAUGCAGGUGAGCAUCAUCUCCCAGCCGUGGAAGACUGGGCCAGAGAUCGGGAGCUUGGCCAAGGCUGUUGUGUCAAUCAGCGGCGGUGCGAGGGUCCAGAUCCUGCGCGGGCCAUGGAAGGAGAGUUUUCCCCAGGCGCCGUUCCGAGUUGAGGCGGGCGCGGGCAUUGGCGCGCAGCCGUCACUGGUCCUUGAGUUUGUGGACGAUGGCACCGGCGCGUGGGCCGAGGCGGUGAACGUGUGUGUGGUGGCGGUGACCGAUGACGUGGCUGGCAACUCGGCAGAUGUCACGGUCCAGGCCAGUGUGGUGGAGGCUGCAACGACGUCGAUUGGCCACCGCGAGCUGGGGCCAGUCACUGCCGCCAUCCGAGUUGCCUCGCUCAACUGGCCGAUUGUGCAGACAAGUACGCCGCAAGUGGCGGCCAUGGCCGGCUCGCAGGUCCGUUUUGUCGGGAAGAGCCUGUCAAGCGAAGUGACAGUGAGCGUGGCGUCACAGCUGGGCCAAGUCGAUCCGCGGAACACCAGCGUAGCGGGUGACGGAAGCUGGAUCACUGUGGUCACGCCGCUUGUGGAGAGCAAAGGGUACAACAAGGUGACGUUCCGUGAACCUAUGGUCGGAAUGAGCGCCAGCUACUAUGACUUGUUCUUCACCGACGAUUGCCCCUACGAGGGCCAGUUUGGCCGUGGGACAGCAUGCGCUCCGUGCCCGACGGGAGCGGUAUGUCCGGGAGGCUUCCGGCUCUGGCCCAAGCCGGGAUACUGGACGCCGAGCGAGGACGCCGGGUUUGUGGUGCCAUGCGCGGCGCCUGCGACGGAGCGAUGCGUGGGUGGAAAGGACGCGACGUGCGGUCCAGGGUACACCGGACAGCUGUGCGCAGGGUGUGCGAGUGGGUACUACCAGCUUGGCUCGAGGUGCGUGGCGUGCUCUGGAUCGCAGGUGGUGUUUGUCACGCUUGUGCUGACCAACAUAGUCUUUGCCGGGCUCUUUCUCCUCGCGGUUGUCUCGUUGACGGACGGGCAGCUGAACGUGGCGACGCAGCUGUUGCUCGCGAUUGUGGUUGUGUAUUCUGUGGCCAAGACGAAUGCGGGAGCGAUGGACGGAACGCUUGCCGAGGCUUACCAGGUCCUCUCCAUUGUUGCGAUGGACCUCCGAUUUGUGCGACCCGGAUGCGAGACAAUUCCUGGCUCGUACGUGGCGCUCUUUUACGGGGCUGUGACGAUGACCACGCUACUCUGCGGGAUCAUGAUAGGCUUACUCUUCACACUGCAAUGGAUGAUGCCGCAGCGCAAGGUGUUUUUCAUCGACCGCAUGCCGCGGGCACUGCUCAUUUUUGGCAUGAUGGUGUACAUUACGCUGACCACGACAUUCUUGGAGGCUGUCCACUGCGUCAAGGUCGGGACGAGCUACGUCCUCUCUGUGGCGCGCGACCUGAAGUGCUUUGAAGGUGAACACAUGCCGAUCUUUGUGAUUGGCAUCGCCGGGCUGCUGCUAUUCUCCGUCGGGUUUCCUCUCGGUGUUGCGAUCAAGUUGGCAUUGCUCAAGCGAUCCGGCUACGUUGACGGCGAGACGAUUGGGCUGACGACGCGGGUUUUGGCGCGGUACGGAUACUUGUUCGAGCAGUACCGGCCGCCGAUGUACAUGUGGGUUCUUGUGCAACUCAUGCUUUUUGCGCUGAUUGCGACGACGGGUGUCUUACUUCGCGACGAGCCGUGGCUGCUAGCGAUUGUGACGGCUGUGGCGCUAGCAGUCAUGGCGGGCCUAUACGUAGUGCUCAAGCCUGCAGCAACGCGGUGGAAGAACGUGGUUGCGGCGUGCGCGAUGGCAUGUGGCGCAGCGGCGACAAUUGCCAACGUUAUAGUAGCCGAGCGCCUGGUGAGUAGCGCGGUUUCAGCCGGGUUCUCGCGAACGGUGCUUGUUUUGGCUUUUGCGUUCCUUGUCGGCGCCGCUGCAGUGUUCUGGCAGAGGCGGAGGAAGAAGCAGCAGGAGGUGUGCGAGCUGCAGACAUUUGCCUCGGACUCAUCAUCGGUAAGCUCGGACGAAGAGUACAUCGAGAUGGACGAUGAGCGGACGACACUGCCAACAACGCCGACCAAGGACCAGCUGGAUCGAUCAUACGAGCUCAACGAUGUGCUCGCAAAGGCUCGGCAGUUUGGCAAAACGCCGCUCGCAUCACCCAAGAUGAUGCAAGCUGAACUCGUGCGGCGGCGGCUCUCGAUCUCGCGAGGCGGCAGCGGGAGUGGCUCGAACCGAGCGGCGCACCACCAGCCCCACUUUGUGAUGGAGGAGAGCCUAGUGCAUGAGCCAGAGAUGGCCAAGUCGGUGUCGCGGCUAGCUUUGCGACGGGGCUCACGAUCGUCACAGAGCGUUUUAGCCAAGCCGGGCUCGCGGCGAAGCUCGCGACGGACCUCACGAUCGUCACAGGGUGAUCUGACCAAGCCGGUUUCGCGGCGGACCUCGCGACGGACCUCACGAUCGUCACAGGGUGAUCUGACCAAGCCGGUUUCGCGGCGGACCUCGCGACGGACCUCACGAUCGUCACAGGGUGAUCUGACCAAGCCGGUCUCACGGCGGACCUCACGGCGGAUCUCGCCAUCGUCGCAGGUUGAGGUGGCCAACGCCCGCCCGCGGCGGAUCCGGCGCGUGCGGACACGAGUCAGCCUCGAUCCCGGACAUAUCGGCGGAAAUCAGACCGAGAGAUCCGGUGCUGGCAUACGGUCAAAGUCUCUGGCAGUACUCACCUCCAAGGAACCUGCCUCGCUUGAGUCCUCGCCGGUUGGAGUGAGCAAGUCGCCGCAGUCGCCAUCGACGCCCGAGCUGCGGACGCCACGGGGAAUGCUCUUGCAAGCGAGUACCGGCUCGCUCGAGACUGGCGAGAACAGGAACCGCGAGCAGCGGCGACGGCGACGGCGGUCGCAGCGGCGUAUCGAGCCGUUGCUGAGGCGGCAGCAGCGGGCGCUGGAGAAGGCGCCGCGGACGCCGCCGCCUGUGGAGGGCCGGCUGCAUCGGGACAUCCAGACGGAUUUGUAUUUGGAGGAGAUUACGGAGCAGGCUGUGGAGAAGGACGCGGCUGUGCAGACGGAUCAGUUCCUGGACCGGCCACCGUCGCCGGUGUUUGUACCCAAGAAGCUCGGGACAGACGUGGCGACGCAGAUCUACGAGGGCGACUUGUUCCACUUUGACGUGGAGGUGCAACCGAUUCUGGAGGUGAUUGUGGGCAAGACGCUGCAGCAAGCGCUGAUGGAGGUGAUGCAGGAGGAAGAGAUUGAGAACAUGCGGGCGCACCAGCGCGAGUUCCAGCAGCUUCGCGACGCCGAGCUUGCCGAGACCCAGCGGCUGGAGGAGGCUGAGCGGCGGCGGCACGAGGAGAAGGAGCGCCGUCUGCAGCAGGAGCGAGUGCGGAUUCAGAUGGAGAAGGAGGCGCGUGACAAGGUGGCGGCGCGGGCGUACGCGCAGAGCUACGUGGCAGACCUUGUGGGCAACGUGUUUGGCUCGCUCGGCGAGACCGGGUUCUUUUACGACGAGAUCGAGCGUGACGUCGAGACCGCGUUUAUGCCGUGGCUCAUGGAGCGCGUCGGGAGCAACGUGGGCCGGCUGGGCCAGGCGCAGGCGCUGCUCGACGCAGUCAUUGCCGGCGCCGUCUCGAAGCACGACCUGCUGCGCGAACAGCACGAGGCUGCCCGUGCCGCUGCUGCCGAGCGAGCCGCCGCCGCUGCCGCCGCAGAGGCUGCUGCUGCAGAGGCUGCCGCCGCUGCUGCCGCCGCCGCCGCCGUUGCCACGGGCGAGGAGCCUGCGGCGGGCGAGGGUGGUGACGAGUACGAGGGCUCCAACUACGACGAAGGCGAAGCUGGGUACGAUGAUGGCUACUAUGACUCGAACUAUGGCUCAUCGUCAGACUACUAA